AUGCAAUCCCAGCCGCAGAUGCCGGCGGGACCUGCGGGGGAGGAGACGCAGCGACAUGCGCUGUUCGGCGGUGCGAUUCAGGCGGAUUUCCCGCCGCGAUUUGAGGACAUCAGUAACUUCCGGGAAGUUCCCAACAACCAGGAGGUGUUUGCGGAUGCCAGUCGGGACGAGAGCAUAGUGAUCGAGCUUUUGGAGAUGAAGGCUGACGUGGCGGACGCUGAUUCGUCCAGGUGGUUCCUGGAGGAUCUCAUGCGUGAGCAGGAGGCACAGCCGGGCAGUGUGGUUUCUGGAGGAUCUGAUGCGCGAGCAGGAGGCACAGCCAGGCAGCGUAAGUGGCUAGCUGAGCGGGCUGGAAGGGCAUGA